AUGGCAGAAAAUACAAGUCCAGCUAUCACUAUGACUUGUGAGGUUUGUUCAGAGUAUUACACUGACCCCCUCAUGCUUCCCUGUCUUCACUCAUUCUGUAAGAAGUGUCUAAUAAAAGCUAAAGAGAAGCAAGGUAGUGCUGAUACCUCAUUAAAGUGUCCAACGUGUGACACUAGCGUUAAUUUACCCGAUGGUAAAAUUGAAGGCCUCACUCAAAACAUUUGGCUAGCUCAGCAAGUGAGGGAAGCAUCCGUUAAAGAUAAAAUGAGCAAGAAAGAAAGCACCUUAUGCGAGCAAUGCAGUGACGAUACAGCUGUCACAUUUUGCUGCGAGUGUUGGCUGUUUCUAUGCGAUUUCUGCACAACAGCGCACAAGAGAAUAAAGAGCACGAAUCAACAUAAACUGGUUAACAUGGGAAAGGAGAGCGUCAUUGAAGAAUUGCCUAUCACAGCACAGCAGCCAGUCUACUGCCCACGACACCCACGAUCAGAGCUAUUAUAUUACUGCAAUGAUUGUGAAAUAAUGACCUGCCUCAAUUGCCUGCCUACUAAGCAUAAGGAUCAUGCUUAUGAUGAUUACAUUGACGUAGGUGAAACAGCGCGUAAAGCAUUAAAGGAAAGUGUUGCUAGUUGUGAUGGAGUCAUUCCUCCAGUUACUGAAGCUAUUGCUAAUGGAGAGAAGAUGCUAGAGCAGAUAGCAACACGUAAAGAAGAAGUAAGGCAGGAAAUCAAGGAAACGUUUGAAGAGCUUAAAGCUGCUUUAGAUAAGAGAUGCAAUGAUCUACUAAUGGAGACAGAAAAGAUUGCUAGUGCUAAAAGGAAUUCAGUUGAGAAGCAGUUGGAUGGGUUUUGUAAACUGGUAAAACAGGUUUCUCAUGGUCGUCAUCUUGCAUCAUCAGUGAGUGAGCGUACUGAUCCAGGUGAAGUCCUCAGUGUUAAGAAGCUAAUCACCAAUCAACUAGAGGAAUGCAUUGAAGAGUGUAAGAAACUACCUCUAGAAAUAGAAGACAAAGGAGCCAUUUUAACACGUCUAGAUUUGCCUUUUUUAAGUAAAGAAAUCAAUAAGUUUGGAAGUGUUUUUGAGUUUGAUCAGCUUGAGCCAUCACUUUAUUCCAUUGAUAGUGGGUUGGCUAUUCCAAUGGCAACAGUAGAGAAAGAAAGGAAAUUCAAAGUGGCUCUACCAGCAGGAAUUGAUAAAGCAGCAAGCUAUUUGAAGGCUUCCUUUAUCAAAAGCGAUGGUAGUAAAGAGGAGGGUAGAGUUGUUAUAGUUAAUGAUAACAACACAGCCAUUGUAUCAUGCACACCUCAAAGUAUUGGUGGAUAUGAACUAUCAGUGACUAUAAGAGGUCACCAUAUUAAAGGUAGUCCUUAUCAACUGUCGGUAAAAGUAUCAAGAGACUAUACCACACUAACUAACCAGAGAUCCUUUCAGGUGGGGAAUCGUACCGAUGGUGUUGCUGUUCAUACUAAUGGUGAAGUAUUUGCUGGUAAUUGCAAUGAUGGGUUUGUUCAGGUAUUUAGUGAGGAUGGUACUGCAGUAAGAAGGAUUGGAUCUAAAGGUAAUGGUAAUGGACAGUUUGACUCUCCAUGGGGUUUAUUGCUGGUAAGAGACAGGCUCUAUGUGUCUGAUUAUAAUCUUCAUUGUGUGCAGUAUUUCUCAGCUACUACUGGUCAGCUUAUUGGUCAGUUUGGUAGUAAAGGUAGUGGAAAUGGACAAUUCUCUAAUCCUGAAGGUAUGUCUACUGAUGGUAAAGGUAAUAUAUUAGUAGCUGAUUACAACAACAAAAGAGUACAAGUGUUUAAAGAAGACGGUACAUUUGUACAAGUCAUACAAUGUGAUGGUAAAGCAUCUGAUGUAGCAGUUGGAAAUGAAGGAAAGAUACACGUUACCAUUUGUGAUCAACAUCAUGUUCAAGUCUUCUCUCCUGAUGCUGUUGCUAUUGAUGAUGAAGGAUAUAUCUUUGUAUCAGUUUAUUACCGGUAUGUUGGUGACUCCUACCUUCAUGUAUUAAAUCCUGAUGGGAAACAAGUCAAAUUAGUCUCAGGAUUAUCUUAUCCAGUGGGCAUAGCACUGGAUCAAGAUGGAUGCAUUUAUGUUGCUGAAUAUAACAACAAAUGUAUAACAAAAUAUUAA